UCAAGGCCCGCGGUAUGCGAGCCGCGCAUUGCAUCUGGGGUGCAGCUCCUUGCCCCACACGAACUGCUGCUCUGCCACCCGCCUGGCCUCACUCGCCAGCGCCCUCAAAUACGACACAGCCAGAGGAAAGCCGCUGCCCCGCGGCACAGGGAACCCCUCCAAUGGGUCUUUCUCUUCCUCACCCUCCCCCUCCCUCCCAGGGUUCCUCUCGCCCUCUCCGUCCUCAUCCUCUUUAAAGGUGCCAUCCUCCGUGCUGUAGAGGGUGAAUGUGGCCUCGACGGUGGUCUCCUUGGUGUGGCAGUGUGUCGUCUCCGUCAUGGUGGUCUCGAGUGCCAGCAGCGGGAGGGCCUGUGGGUGCUCGAGCACUGUUGACACUAGCAGGGCGCUCCGGCCACGGCUCAUGAUGGUGGUCAUGGUGAUGGUCGAUGUGACGCCCGUCCCCUGCCGCCGGGAGGGAAUGGAGGGGCCACCACUGCGGAAGGGCUUGAAGGACGACCAUCUUGCCCACCCUAUCAGAUUGCGAAGCUUGCACAGCACCUGCUUGCUCCUGCCGCUCGCCUGUAACACAGCCAGCACCAGACACGCAGACACGGCAUGAGGAUACAACGUCCCACCAAGCCCCACCCCCGCGCCCUCGGGAAGUGACCGUGAUCUGACUCAGCCGUCGGUGUGAAUACUGGCCCGUGACGGUGAGGACGAACUUGCCCACCCUCUUGUCGUGUGCGUGCUGCAGCAACGGCGUGAUGGCGCGGUGCAUGACGUAUUGCGUGAGGGAGCCGUGACGCUCGACGAUGGCUGGCAGGGGGGUCUGCAGCGGUAGGGACACAUCGGUGGGGAGGACGUCAAUGGCUUGGUCACGGAGCAUGUAGAGGGGUGGGUUCUUGGGGUCCUCGCUGUCCACCGCUGACACGUCAUCUGCAAGACACACAGACAGAUCCAUGCAUAGAUAGCCUAAAGGUGGCGUGCGGUGGGGUGGGGUGCCGUUCGCUCACGUACCGAAUGCCAAGUUGCCGACCGACAUGGUCUCGAGCAGAUCCAGGAGUCGAUCGAGAGCGCCAGCAUCACCACCACCAUCGCCCGAGCCGCCAUCGCUGUCGCCUUCGUCCUGAUCCUCCUGAUCCGGGUCCUGUGGAGCCUCCUCACUGCUGCCAUCCUCUCCCUCGCCCUCACCGUCACCGGCGCCGCUGCCGUCGUCUCCGGCACUCUCGCCACCAGCACCCUCCUCAUCGACAGGGGCACCCUCAUUCUCAUCUUGACCGUCGCUGUCGUCCUCCUCGUCCUCUUCGCCGUCCUCCUCGCCGUCAUCGUCGUCCUCAUCAUCGUCCUCGUCAUCCCAUUCGUCGCUGAAGACGCUGUCUGGUGGGUCGCUGUCGCCAGAGCCGAUCUGGGCGAUGGCACACCGCCCAGAGCUCUCCAGAGCGGUCAGCCGCAGCGUGGAUGAGGCCAUGACGGCAGUCGCCUUCCCCUGGUAGACGCUGGGGUCCCUGCCAAUCUGCAGCUCAAAGCGACCGGCGACAGGGGGAGGGGGCGAGGCGGAUGGUGUCGCGGGGCGGGUGGUGUCGGCACUCGAUGAGCUGGCGGUGUCGGUGCUUGUGGCCGUCUUGCUCGCGAUGUAUUCGCGGAUGUGACGGCCGAGUGACGCCCCGAAGAUCGCGUACUGAGCGAACACCCGCGGCAUGUCGUACUGCAGGUCCAUGAGUGGCGGGAUGGUCGCCAUGUCAUCGUCGCUCAGCUGCAGGUCGGAGGCCGGCAGGCCAAAAUGGUGCAGCACCGCCAGGAUGUCCGCCCAAUCCCUCCACCUCACAUCGUUGACUCCGAUGCGCUCCUCUUCCCACGUGUCACGGUGGGCCACCAGUGCCAUCAUCUUCGCUGCGUUGCCGGCGGUUGUCCCUCCGAAGCGCACCACGGUGAGCAUCUCGGAGCCGUCUUGCAGCGCCUCCUGGGUCUGCUCGGCGAGCCGCGCUCUGAGGAACGCCGAGUUGAUGGUGUGACUGAAGAUACGCGACGCCAGCCGAAGAUCUUGCCAGUCCUGCGAGCAGAUCAGCAAGAUCAGCCACGACAAAUGCAGCAGAGAAGAGAUGGCGUCUGUUCGCUCGUGUGUACCCAGCGUUGCAGCCAUCUUGAGGUUUUCUGGACGCAGUUGGCAUCGAGUGAGGCAAGAUCCACAGCCGCGGGAACGUCGCUCAU